AUGCUGGAAUUACUAUGGAACAAUUUUCAUGGAGCUAAUGACUUUGGAAGCCAAGUCAUUCUCGGUGCCACUUCCCUUGGACUGAGGGUGCAAGCUUACCUAUAUGAUGGCUACUCGGAAGACAUUGGUAUGAUAGAGGCAUUCUAUAACGCCAAUCUCGGAAUCACCAAAAAAACAAGUUCUUGA